CUUUUGUCAGUCAUUUGCAGUCAAACAUCCGACGCACAGAAAUAAAAAAUGUGUUUUAAAUAACAUAAAAUGCUAAAAUCUAGAAAUAAAAAGUCUAAUUCGUAGUAUUAGCCAUAGAACCUCUUAACAAUAAUACACAUUGGCCGAAUUAAAAGAGCAGAUGGAGGGCGGAGGGAAGCAGUCGCGAUUGCUUGGUCGACUGCUUGGCAAACUGCGCGGCGAGCAUCGAACCCUCGACAAGAAUUUCUCAUUUUGUUCCACUGGUAUAAGUGAAACUGUGUGUUGUGCCAGCGGUACUGAGGAAGACAUGGAUACCAGCAGCACGCAGGCUACCACCUCCAACACUACCAUUGACGAUGCGCAGUUUGCCGCUAAGCUAGAUCUACGAUAUGGUGGUCAGUAUCUGACGGCAGAACAGCUUCCAGAGUUCUGUAACCAGUUGCAUCACCUCGUGGAAGUAAUAAGAAAUAUACAGUCGUACGCCCAAGUCACUGGAGAAUAUCCCGCAGAACUAGAAAGUCGCUUAGAACGCGAGGCCCGUGAAGUAGCGGCCUUAGCUGGGGAAGCUAAGAACGCUCGCGACGUUUGUGCGCGCGUUACAACGCAGCGGAAUGCUUUACACCUGGAGCGCGGGCAGCUUGUAGCGCAACUUGCCAAAAUGAGGGAAGUCGAAAUGCGCGAACUUGAGAGUACUGUCCGUCAAUGUGACCGUAAGCUUUACAAAAGCUAUGAAGCUGUACGUGACUCGACUGAUGUCAACGCUUUUGAACCACUCUUGGACGAAAUACGGACUAAACAAGCUGCUCUGGAAGGCUUGGAACGUUUAAUUGAAAACAAACGGAAGUCUAUUUUAACCCGCAAGCCGACACACGCUUUGCCACUGCCAGCGCAUGAAGAUGGUCCACAUAGUUCGAGUCGCAAACGUCACGAUAGCCGACGUUCAAAUAAGCGCAGGCGCAAGGAAGUCCGCGAGCCGCGAUCGGUUCCGCUUUCUGGGGAACCUAGUGCGCAUGAGCCACAACAAGUGACCCUGUACAUACAAGGUUCCGCAAAUAGCUCCACCGGUUCCCGCCUUAGAGCUGGAAGUGCUGCCGCCGUCACCUUGGGUUCCUUGGAACUUCCAUCUAGAGGCAGCGUCCGCGAUAUUCUCUUUUUCACCACCAACUCAACACUAUGAGCCAUAAACUCAAACACUAUGAUUCAAAGACAGUUUCUAACAAUAUUAAGAACAUAACUCGACGUACUUAGGAGUUUUAUGCAAUAAAAUAAACAGUUGUUUUUGAA